AUGUCCAAGCAGCAGCCGGGGAAGGGGAAGCCUGGCCAAAGCGAGCCAAGCCUGAAAAAGGAGGCCUCGGGCCGGGAGCAGUCAGAGCCGAAGCUGAAGAGAAGCCGGAACCUGGAGAAGCAGAACUCGGACGAGCCGGGCCUCAUGGCUGAGGCCUCGCGCCGGGUAGUGUCUGCGGAUCAUAUCCAAACUGGUGCAUUGCUCCAUGUGCUCGCGCUUGAGAAUUUCGAAGGAUUCCAGAAGUUGGAGGGCAACAGCCCUUUGGUCCUCGGACAGCAUGACCUUCAGGAAGAGUUGGUGUUGUCGUGGGCUUCGGCUUGUUCCGGUUCGGAGGGCAUCUACUACGCGAUGGAAGCCAUCAAUACAACGUUCACUCAUUUAGGUGUGAAGGUGCAGCUGCAGCACACCUUCAGUUGCGAGAGUAAUGUUGACAAGCAGCAGUGGAUCAAGGCGCUUCUUGCUGUCGGCCCCCUGCGCGAGAGUUCCUCCUUCACUUGGCCUCCUCGGGUGGAUGCCCUUGGGGCGGGUGGUGAUCUCGAUGAAGUUGUGGGUGGGAAAUGCAUUUUCCAGGACAUCGCAGAGUUGGAGUGCGACGAGGCCAAGUGCUGUCGCCAUGGUGGCGGGUGCAUCGUUCCUUCAGUCGACCUCCUUGUCGUCGGGACCUCUUGCAAAGACCUCAGCAAGCUGAACCAUACAGCUCCUGGUGCUGGUCACGAUACCACAAAGCCGGUCCUCGAGCAGAGCUCCAGCCGGGGUGCUUCAGCACAAACCUUCCAAGGCCUUGUGGGCUACAUUCGGAGUCACCGACCUCUCUUCGUUGUCUACGAAAACGUGGAUGCCAUCAGUGAUCAGCUCAGCUCAACCGACGACUCGAACCUGAAGGUUUGCUUGAACGAGUUCGCAACACUAGGGUACCAGAGCCAGCCGAUGAUGACGGAUGCGUCGGAAUUCGGGCUUCCAUGCCAUCGUCGCAGAGUCUACAUCCUUUUCAUUGACUCACGUAGCCCGAGGCUUGAUCUCCGCAGUCGGCCCCUGCAGGUUGUGAUGAGCAAAUUUCGCCACUUGCUUAGCAGUUGUGUUCGCACUUCACCAUGCGCAUCGGAAGUGCUUCUUCCGGCAGAGGAUGGGGCUGUCAAGUAUUUUUUCGAUGAGCGGCAAGCAAGAACCAAAAAGAAGUCCACUCAGAACAACUGGGUGAAUCAGCAUAUGAAGUAUGCUGACGGCCUGGGCAUUCGUUGGGGCAUGCCUGCACGAAAAGAGUUGUCCCAGAAUCCUUGGUACCUCACCCUUACCGAGCGUGAGGCCGACUGCCUCAAACUCUCAGAGAUUGAGUCCCCGGCAGCAGGUUUCCGCAACCUGUCGCAAAGCAUCGGACGUGCCAAUAGCUCUACGUUGCAAGCAGAUGGUCGGCAUUUGGCUCCGACCAUGUUGCCGGGGCAGUUGUUGUGGACCCAUCUGGCUUCUGGGGGGGCGCGAUUGAUGAGUGGCUACGAGGCCCUUCUCAUGCAAGGGUAUCCAAUCGCACCUUGCUUGAACAGGCUUCUCGAGGAAGGCUACCUUGCGAGCGCAGACGAGGCGACGUCGAAGAAGAAGAAGAAGACUGAUUCGGAGGCGAAGCUCUCAACGGACCUGUUUCUCCAAGACCUAGCUGGAAAUGGCAUGGCCCUACCGGUGGUCAUGGCUGUGGUUCAGUCAUGCCUUGCCGCUGCGCACUGGCGUCCCGUCGGGUUGAAGACCAGCGCAUCGUCUGUCGCGACGGCGAUGGCCGCCAUGACAAUGCUGACACAAGGCCUAAGGCCGGGAGAUGAGAGCGCGGACAAAGACGAAGCCUGCUGA